GAGCUUGAGAGUGGGCAUCUGUGAUCUGGGGGGUCGGAGUUUCGGCCGAAACCGGGGUCUUCCGCAAUGAGUGAAGCCCAAAUUACUGAGAAAUGAGCAGUAGCUAGCCAGUAACUAACAAGUAUGUAGAGAUAGAUAAUCCAUAACCAUAAUUGAAGAUGUGCACGGUGGUUUCAAGUUCAGUCCUUGUGGGAUGGCUUUCUUCUUGUUCUAAAACGAAAGGGAGCGUUGGCAAUGGCAUAAGCCAUUUAAGCCCUGCCACUCGUGCUAUAUCCGUACUAGCCACGGCUAUGGCUAAAGAUGUGUGGACCCGAACAUCAUCUUCCAACACCAGUUGGCAACGUAGUAGUAGUAGUAGUAGAAGGCAGCAGCAGUACUUGGACCGCAGCGUGGACAUGGAAGUGCUAUUAGCGGCAAUUGGACAGACCCAGAACGAGGAUGAACUGUAUGCGGUUAUGUCUCCCUACAACGGGAGGCAGUUAUCCAUGCGCUUCAUGGUUUCCCUGCUAUCCCGCGAGCCUGAUUGGCAACGCGCUCUUGCCCUUCUCGAUUGGAUCAACGACAAGGCCCUCUAUCGUCCCUCCCUCUUCGCCUACAACGUCCUUCUCCGCAACGUCCUUCUCCGCAACGUCCUUCGGGCCAAGCAGUGGCACCUCGCACACGGCCUGUUCGAUGAAAUGCGCCAAAAGGGCCUCUCCCCCGAUAGGUACACUUACUCCACCCUAAUUACUUGUUUCGGCAAACACGGCUUGUUUGAUUCUUCCCUCUUUUGGCUCCAGCAGAUGGAGCAAGACAACGUCUCCGGCGACCUCGUUCUCUACAGUAACUUGAUUGACCUUGCCCGCAAGUUGUCCGAUUAUUCCAAGGCCAUUUCUAUCUUCUCCAGAUUGAAAGCCUCCACUAUUACCCCCGACCUUAUUGCUUAUAACUCCAUGAUCAAUGUCUUUGGAAAAGCCAAGCUCUUCCGUGAGGCUCGCCUUCUUCUUCAAGAGAUGAGAGACAAUGCCGUUCAACCCGACACCGUCAGCUAUUCCACCCUUCUUGCCAUCUACGUUGACAACCAAAAGUUUGUUGAAGCACUUUCUCUAUUCUCCGAAAUGAAUGAAGCUAAAUGCCCUCUUGAUCUCACCACUUGUAACAUCAUGAUUGAUGUUUAUGGCCAGCUUCACAUGCCCAAGGAAGCCGACCGCCUCUUCUGGAGCAUGAGGAAAAUGGGGAUUCAACCCAACGUCAUUAGCUAUAAUACGCUCUUGAGGGUUUAUGGAGAGGCUGACCUAUUUGGGGAAGCCAUCCAUCUAUUCCGUUUGAUGCAAAGUAAGGAUGUACAACAAAAUGUUGUCACCUACAACACUAUGAUUAAUAUUUAUGGCAAGACUCUCGAGCACGAGAAGGCUACAAAUCUCAUUCAAGAAAUGAAUAAAAGGGGUAUUGAACCCAAUGCCAUCACUUAUUCAACCAUAAUAUCUAUAUGGGAGAAGGCAGGGAAACUGGACCGUGCUGCCAUCUUGUUUCAGAAAUUAAGGAGUUCUGGAGUUCGAAUUGAUGAGGUUCUUUACCAGACAAUGAUUGUAGCCUACGAGAGGACGGGUUUAGUUGCUCAUGCAAAGCGUCUACUUCAUGAGCUCAAGCGACCGGACAACAUUCCCAGGGACACUGCAAUUGCAAUUCUUGCCAGAGCUGGUAGAAUUGAAGAGGCUACCUGGGUUUUCCGGCAGGCUUUUGAUGCUCGAGAGGUCAAAGAUAUAUCUGUGUUUGGUUGCAUGAUUAAUCUUUUCUCUAAGAACAAAAAGUAUGCCAAUGUAGUUGAAGUGUUUGAGAAGAUGAGAGAGGUGGGAUAUUUUCCUGAUUCUGAUGUUAUUGCUCUCGUGCUGAAUGCUUUUGGAAAGCUGCGUGAAUUUGAUAAAGCGGAUGCUUUAUAUAGACAGAUGCAUGAAGAAGGGUGUGUUUUUCCAGAUGAAGUUCAUUUCCAGAUGCUGAGUCUAUAUGGUGCAAGAAAAGAUUUCGUGAUGGUAGAAUCAUUGUUUGAGAAGCUGGAUUCCAAUCCUAAUAUCAACAAGAAAGAGUUGCAUCUUGUUGUUGCUAGCAUUUAUGAGAGAGCAGAUAGACUUAAUGAUGCAUCCCGAAUCAUGAAUAGGAUGAAUAAAAAAGCAAACAGAAUUCAUGAUCAUGCUUAGCAGUGUGCAUCUGCCUUUCCCUGUGUAACUUGUUGAUGAACAUUCUUUAGCCCUGUAAUCAGAAAACCUCUCAUUCCCAACUGAGGGUCAUGUAUAUAUGAUAUUGAGCAACGACGCAUAUUCUGAAUAGCAGCAUCAUGAUAAUUAAUCAUUAAAGUUUUAUUCCCGGCUUAUGAGUAAUCUUCUUUUAUUGCCAUGCUCUGUCGGAUUUCUUUUUAGUGUUUCCCGGUCGCUCUUUCUGCCAAUAUAUGACUGUGUUUGAUGUAAUCCGAUGAGAAUUUCAAUUGCAGAUGUAACUGAAAACGAUGAAUGUCUUGUGCAUUGUUGUGUUUUUCUGCGAAAAUCAAUACUGUGCAAAGGAAAACUCUACAAUGUUAGAA